AUGGCCGGAACGCGUUUGUGCGGGGCCCCGAAACCCAGCCUGCCCACCACCUCGAGGCCUACACUCACGCCCCAGGCGCGGAGAACUUUCCAAGAGAGCUUCGAUAGCUUCGAAAAGACGGUACAGCGGUACUCAUGCACUGAUGAUCGUGAGUUCAGCAACACCACACUGCGCGAUGUACGCGAUGCUGCGAAAGAGGUUGAGCGUCAGCUUGCUGCGCGACAGUGCAUGCGGAACAUGAAGCGCUUAGAGCCGUUUUUGAAUGGCCUUGAAGCAUACUCCAAAGUUAUCGAGGUGCUCUGCAACGGCACACCUUUCUUGAGCUGGAUAUGGCUCGCUACGGACCAUAUCAGCGCUUUUGAAAAGCUUUUAGCAGCAUACAGUCAGAUCGCAGCGAUGCUACCUCGAUUCGAUCGGCUAGGAGCCGCUUUGCAAGAUAAGCCUGACUUUCAGCAAGCACUUGCAGUCGUCUACAGUGAUAUCUUAACGUUCCACGAGCAUGCAUAUAAGCUAUUUAGGCGCAAUGGCUGGAUCUGUUUCUUUAAAUCGUCCUGGGGCCAAUUUGGAAGCAGGUUCAACUGCAUCCUGGAUAGUCUCGCAAAGCACGCCACGUUGGUUGGCCAAGAAGCAAAUGCAUACCUCGUAUCGGAGACUAUGCAAUGGCGCAGAGAAGCACUUCAGACGGUAGCAAAGACCGAGAAGGACCGAUCAACAGCACAGCUUACAGCAGCGCUUGCUUGGCUGGGUCUCGAGACAGUUCCACAUUGUGGUCAGGCUUACCAAGAUAAUCUGCUUCACAGGCUCAUCAAUGACUGCUGCGACGGUACAACUGACUGGCUUCUGAAACACCAACGUAUGAGACAGUGGCUUCAGAAUGGACGGGGUGGACCGAUUUUAUGGCUGAAAGGCAAGCCUGGGUCUGGCAAAAGCACACUAUGUGCGAAGAUAGUGCAAUUCCUCCGUGCACCUCGACAGUCGACAGUUUUGUUCUGCUUUUACAGCUACAUCGUCAGCAGCACAUACCCUGACCCCGUGGUUUUUAUCCUCGCUACCUUGGUUUCCCAAAUCCUUCGGCAACGCUCUGAUCUUGCUACUUAUGUGUACGAGGAGUUCGUUGCUGAGAACCGUCCACUCUCUAUUCGAAGUCUCCAAGAACUUCUUUCGAAUCUACUCCCACAGCUAGUGAUGCCACGAAUUCUGAUUGAUGGCAUUGAUGAGUGCAUCAGAUACGAUAUACAUGGAAAACCAUGCGAUCUCACCCCCGUAAAGGACGUCCUUGUCUCAAUACUACAGCUCGAGAACCCAAUGCAGGCUUGUGCGCCGACAAAGAUUCUUAUUGUCAGUCGGGACAUUCUGGAGUUGGUUGGGAAGUUAUCAAAAAGGCCAACAGUAGCACUAGACCAAGAAAGCGAUGCGCUGACAGCCGACAUCACACGAUACGCUACCAAGUGCCUAGAAACCAUCCGGGAUAGGUUUUCGAACCUUGUUGGUGUCGACAACGUUCUCGAUGCUGUGAAAAUAAACGUAGUGUUAAAGUCCCAGGGAAUGUUCCUCUGGGUGCGGCUAGUGUUAGCACAACUAGAGUUUGACGCAUACAAUCUUGAUGACUUGGAAAACGCAGUAGCCAAUAUGCCGCAUAGCUUACAUGACUUCUACUCUCGCAUUGUACACAGAAUCAUGCUUUACCCAGUCCAAUCGCGAGAGCGGGCCAUCAACAUACUGAAGUGGAUGUUGUGCUCGAGACGGCCACUGAGGGUCGUAGAACUUCAGGAUGCAAUCGUCUUUGCCUCAGGAGCCGUCUCAUUAUCGGAGAGAUCAAAACUUCCCCCAAACAUCCUGGACCUCUGCAAACCCCUGAUACAGACGGAUGACAAUGGGCAGAUUUCUUUCGUCCAUUUCACUGUCCAAGAGUACCUCACGAAAAGUAACUUCAUUUCGCUACGGGAUGCGGAGAGCUGUACUACCAUCACGUGUCUGAACUACCUAACUUUUAGCCUCAACCUUUCCAAACCUAGCAUUUCGGCCAUGCAAAAAGCAGUCGAUGUCGGAAGAUGUUUGUACUCUCUUCAACCAUAUGUUUACGAGCAUUGGCUUGACCAUUUUCUCGCCUUCGCAGUAGAAGUCUCACGUUCCGCAGACCGGCAAUUGGAAGCUUUCCUGGCGAGCUUCUUCUUCAUCUGUUCCCACCAGUAUACACGAUAUCUAGAUCCGACAGACGACUUACAAAUAGACAUUCCCGCCGCGCAAACUCUCGAACCUCGUUUGCAAUACCUUGAGCGCUAUGCACAUCAUUACAAAUUUCUUUGUGCUUAUGUCAUAUACCGCCAUGCCAAACAAAUGCACUUCGAAAAUCCUGCCGACUACCGAGAACCUCUAGAUCCCACGCCUCUCAGCGUCGUUCAGCAUGAAUACGCUAUGCAAAUCGAUUAUCUGCUCUCAGCAGUAACGGUUCCUGGGCUCACACAAGAACAACUCAGCACAUUCAAAACAUCGAAUUGUUCAUAUGCCUUCGUGUGUCGCUUUCCUGGAUGUACAGGCAUGUUGGCAGGGUUUCCAACUGAUGAUCUUCGUACACAACACGAAACGACGCACAAACCGGCGCUAUUCUGCACGCACUCCGGUUGCAAGUAUAGUCUGCCUUUCGCCUCUCAACAAAAUUUGAGAAAACAUAUCAGAGACUUCCACAAAUCGCGGUCUAAAGUCGUAUCAAAGAGCAUCAGGCGUCGGCAAGGAACGCUUUUACGAGGACAAAGCAGCCAUGCGGCAACGUCAAAUCCUCUAGGUGGCCUUGAUGCGCACUCUCAAGCUCAACGCCGGUCGAAAAGUUCUCCGGAGACAUUGAAACAGAACCAGGCUGCUUUGGGACUCGAUCACUUCAUACAGCACUAUCGUGUCCAGCAGCAGCAGGGCAAGAUUCCAGAAGGCUGGCAGCAGGGCAAACCGCCAGAAGAGCGCGGUCAGCUGGCCUUUCAGUACUUCACUCAGUACCGCCUGCUGUACCCUGAGAAAACCGAAGUCUUGUCCAUGCACCGAGCCCUCAAGUUCGAGACAGAGACCUUUGAGAUUUCAGGAACACACGACGUAUACAUUUCCACGAUCGAGGCGAUGAUCAUGUAUAUAUCGAAGACGUUGAUAGUGCAACAGUCACAUGUACUAUUGCAAGCACAAGCACAGCAGCCCAAAGAGAUCGUCUCUGUACCCACGUCGCAGUACGCCAACUUCGCGCACUACCCUCGCCAGAGCCUGCCGCCCAACUUCUCGAACAAUCCAAGCGACCGUAGCGUGCAAUCAGAACAAGCAUCACCCGUACCUCCUAAAGACGAGCACCAAAACCGCUUCUCUCGGUUCAUUAUGAGACGACGACCCAGCAACAUUUCCCAAGACAGCAUGGUCUCGCAGCGAGCAUAUAUACAGCUACAAGCACAGCAAAAGGCACAACAACAAGCUCAGCAACGUGGAACACAGGAACAGCAGCAAGCCUCGUAUUCAAACCCAAGAGUGCCUCAAUACACACAUGAUGAGCUAACGAGCUCGCAACCAACAGGGCUCUUGCCUGAAACCAUUCCAACGUUACAGCCCCCAUCUCUUGCGCAUGAUACAAGACCGAGUUCACCUGGUCAGCAACCACCUCAAUUCCAAGAUAUUGAUCACAUAUCCAAUGACCCGCGACAACGUUCGCCAGCCCAUAUAGUACGCCCCCUAUCCAUGGAUUCUCACUCCCUGUCCACACCAUUCCCUCAACCAUCUGCCUCUUCACUGAUGAAUGAACACCUUCAUUUUUACCGGAAAUACAAUGAAUCGAAGGUCGAUCAAAAUGUCGGGCAUCGUGUCUUGAGGCCUGCGUCGGCUGCUUCGACGAGCCAGUCUUUCGAUCCAAUGAAUCCAGUGCCUAACGGUUCAAACACUACAAGCCUUUCAACUUGGACCCCAAGCACUCCAAUCGAAUUCCCCGAUGGAUUAUCUUCCCCCGGGUCUAUUAAUCCGAUAGUGUCGAUCGAAUUUCCUGAUGGUCACAAUCCAUAUUUACCGGGUCCUGAACCAAACCUGGAUCCGGGGGCACCUCGUCCGCCAUCAUCGCCAGAUUUCGACGGCAAUAUCGGCUUGGAAAGGCAUCUUACCUUGAGUUCAACAAGAAGGAUCUCCCCAGAGGAAGAAGAGCCAUCACCAUCAACGAUAAGAUGCAUCUGUACUUACGCAGAUGAUGAUGGUGACACAGUCUGGUGUGAGAAGUGCGAUACUUGGCAGCAUAUUGCGUGUUACUACGAUUCUGCCCAACAUGUCCCUGAUAUACACGAGUGCGUGCAUUGUCUUCCGCGCGCUAUAGAUUCAGAAAAGGCCAACGAGAAGCAACGCGUCUUACGGGAACAGACUACUGUAAAUCGCGAUUACUUCACACGGCAUUUUCGCAACAUGCCAAUGUCUUCCCUGGAGCAAGUGCCGCCCGCACUCCGCGCCCAAACGGCUUAUCGCCUCUUUUUAUGGUACUCCCGGAAAUGGUCACAGCAUGCCGAAUUGGUAAAGAUCCUUGCACUCCAAAGCGAGACACAGAUCUUCGAUAGUUCACCAACAAUAUACAUCUACAUCACCAACACCGAUCGAGAGCUGAAUGGCGUACCAGAUCUGCGAUCGGCGGGUUUUGAGAGUGUCCGCACACCACCGCAAUUCACGACACCCAUUUCUGCGCCAGAUGAGAGUGAAAGAAUCCGUCUCAAGGUGUUUGAGCUUGUGAAUAAUGACUGGUUUGAUCAUGGCACUGGCAUCUGCUACGGAGUUGUGACAGACCACAAUGCGAUCAUCAUAGUUAAGGACGAGAAGGUCCCGACACGAGCACUUUUCCACAAUAUCAUCUCCAAACAUUUCGACUUUGAUAAACAGCAGGACACACUCGUUGUAUGGACCUAUCAAAAUGGCGUCAAGAUGGCCUUCAGCUUUGAGUUGGUAUUCGGCUGCGUUAGGAUUUGGAACUUCGUGAAAGCAGUGCAAAGGCGCCUUCAGGAAGGGCAACCACUUCGUUGA